AUGGCUAUGGGAGCUUGCAAGUCAUUUGAUAUCACUGGUGAUGAUGUGAUAUAUAUAACUAUGCCUAUGUAUCACUCAGCAGCUGGAAUUAUGGGUAUUGGCACUGUAAUCGUGUCUGGGACAACGGCUGUGAUUCGUAAAAAGUUUUCUGCAAGUAACUUUUGGAAGGACUGUGUAAAAUACAAUUGUACUGCAAGCCAGUAUAUUGGAGAAAUAUGCAGGUACCUACUUGCUCAAAAACCCUGUGAAGAAGAAAAGAAGCACAAAGUUCGCCUUAUGUGGGGUAAUGGCCUUCGAGCGGAGAUUUGGAAUGAGUUCGUGUCACGAUUUGGUAUAACGAGGAUCGGAGAGUUAUAUGGCUCUACUGAGGGCAAUUCUAAUAUA